UCAUGCUAGGAACCGUGGAGCCCAAACGCUAGUCCUUCAGUUUUUUUGGACUUCAACUCCCUGAAGCCUCAGCUGCCGUGGCCAAUGAAGAGGGAUUCUGGGAGCUGAAGUCCAAAACUCCGGGAAGAGUUCGGGGCCACUUGUAGAUUCCGCGGGCAUGAAAAGGAGGGCAAAACUACAGGCAAAGGGGCUUCGUCUUUCGUGACUGAGCAUGCGCAGGAAUGCAGCGCAUGCUCAGGGAGACCAAGGUUUCCCGAAGCCGGAAUUCUGAGUCCGCCCGGGCAGGUUGUUGAUGCGUUGCUUAGCAACGGAGUCCUUAGAAGCGAGUUAGUGUUAGAAACAGGCCGAGUUUCCCCUUUCCCUUCCCCCCUCCCUCCUCACCCUUUCCGAAAACUACUCGCGGGCGAAGUUUGAGGGAAAGAGGUGGGAGUCCAGAAAAGCUUGGUGUGCUUGAAGUCUUGGUGGUCAAGCCGUUUAUACGUUGUCUCCGCCCCACCGGGUCCCGCAAGGCAUUGGGACUGUUUAGUGCCCGAGGAGAUGGUGGCCGAGAAAGAGGGCUUGGGCCCUUACAGGAGCAGGCCCCCGCAGCUGCAGGAGCCCCUGCGGCAGUCCAAAAGGACCAGGAAACAGGUCAGCGAUGGAUUCACCGUCAAAGCCAUGAUGAAAAACACCGUGGUGAAAGGUCCCCCAGCUGCCGGAGCAUUUAAAGAAAGACCAACAAAGCCCACAGCCUUUCGCAAGUUUUAUGAACGAGGUGACUUCCCAAUUGCCCUUGAGCAUGAUACAAAAGGAAACAAAAUAGCCUGGAAGGUAGAGAUCGAGAAGCUGGACUAUCAUCAUUAUUUGCCACUAUUUUUUGAUGGCCUAUGUGAAAUGCAAUUUCCCUAUGAGUUUUUUGCUCGGCAAGGCAUCCAUGAUAUGCUGGAGCAUGGGGGAAACAAGAUCCUUCCUGUCAUUCCUCAGCUCAUUAUGCCAAUAAAAAAUGCGCUGAACCUUCGAAACCGGCAGGUCAUCUGCAUCACACUCAAAGUCCUCCAGCACUUGGUUCUGUCUGCUGACAUGGUGGGGGAAGCCCUAGUGCCCUAUUAUCGUCAGAUUCUCCCCAUUUUUAACAUCUUUAAGAAUAAGAAUGUUAAUUCUGGAGAUGGCAUUGACUACAGCCAGCAGAAGCGUGAAAAUAUCGGCGACUUGAUUCAGGAGACCCUGGAAGCCUUUGAGCGCUAUGGUGGUGAAGAUGCUUACAUAAACAUUAAAUACAUAGUCCCGACCUAUCAGUCGUGCUUGUUAAACUAACAAAUGGGAGAGUGAUGCCAUUUGCGUGCCCCAGCUCUUGUCUAUGUCUUGCUAUCCUUCUUUCCCUACAUCGACUAAAAGAGCAGCUUCUGGGCCUGUAGACUCUUUAGCACGAUUGUUAGCCAGUCUUUCCAAUACAUAAAUAGUGCCUGUUUCUUUUAUUACAAUGGUGUACUGUGCUUAUUUGUUCUGUGGAAGAAUUGCUUCUUUAUCACAAAAGCUGAGCAGAGCAGGCAACAGCGUUGAACCUUCAGUUGUAUGGACAAUAAACCUAUAAUUUUCAUACACAA